AUGGCACACCUUCAAAACAUGCAGAACCAGGUACUGAAAUCCUCUUUUCGCUUACUGUCACCUCCCUUCUUCUCGUCUGAGACUGGGCGAACCCCCAUGACUGUCAGUUACUCCAUGAAUAGGUGGGUGGGGGUCUGAAUCAUCAGCUCAAGUGAUAUAACAGUCUUCACUAAACUAUAGCUCAUUCUUUUUAACUUGUUGCUUUUUGUCAGCGUUAAAGGCAGCAUUGUUUUAUCAAAAUAUCCAAUUAAAAACUCUAUUAUAGUUUAGUAUGAACCAAUGCAAUGAAAGCCUCCGUUGUUUAAGAAUGAUAGCUUACAGAAAUGGUGAAUAACAUAACUGUUAAAAAUGAACAAGUUUAUUGUGAUUCUCACUCAGUGAAAAAAUGAUCACUCAUUUCCUGCUGUGAUGAGAGAGAAAAACCACUGAACCAAAGAAAUGCAUCCUGAGUGACAUCCUGGCCCAAAGUUCAAUCUCAAACCUGGGUUGGUCGCAGAAUAGAUCACUGUAAACAUAUAAAAAAAAGUUAAUCAUUCAUUAUCACUGUCAGAUUUUGAGUGAUAUGUCAUGACAGCAUUACACAAUCCUUCAUAUGGCAAAUUCACUGUCAUGUCUUCAUGGAAAAGAUGUUUGUAUGAGAAAUAAGUUGUUUACUUUUCAUUUUUGUUUAACCCUCACAUACUGUUCAAAUCCUGUAUCCUCACAGUAUGUUCCGGGUCAAAAUUGAACCCAGCCUAAUAAUUGCCCAUGUAGCAAGUAUUUUCACCCAAGUUCUUACCCCAAACCUUUUUAUAAUGUUUAAAUGACAAUUGUUGAUUUGUCCUUCCUAACUGUUUCAAAGAGCAGGGAGGUGUAUUUUUUCAGUUUUAACACCACUUGUUUUUGGUGAAAUAUAUAUUUUAAAGAAGAAUAUCUAUUACACAGGAUAAUGUCAUGUCAUAUUAUGUAAGAAAUAAAAGAAUAUAAAAGUCAUAAUGAUAAAAUUUGAUAAUUCAUUGAACAUCAAACUUUUUAUUGAACACUGUUCUUACUGCUUGUCACUUAUCCCACACUGGUAGAUCUAAAAUACAUGUAAAUAGAUGCAGGUCAAAUUUGAACCGUAACAGCCCCAUAGGGGGAAAAUGUGUAGCACAUAUACAAAAAUACACAUGAAUAUUUUUAAAUUAAUUUCAUGUAUUUUGGGCCACUUCAGAAAAAGUCAUCAAGGGGUCAAAUUUUGACCUGAACAGUCUGUAAGGGUUCAUGUUUAAGUGUUUGGCAAUUGAUGCACUUAUAUACACACUAACAAACAUCUUAGCAGUGUCAUCACAUCUUACACUUUCCAAUAACACUAUCCCUGAUGCUGUGGCCUGAACAGAACACCCGGUUGGACCCUGAGGAGUAUUUCACCAAGCAGGAGCGGAUUGGGAAGGGGUCCUUCGGAGAGGUCUACAAAGGCAUAAACAACCGCACAAAGGAGGUGGUGGCGAUUAAAAUAAUCGAUCUGGAGGAGGCGGAAGAUGAGAUUGAAGACAUUCAACAAGAGAUCACGGUGCUGAGCCAGUGUGAUAGCCCUUUUGUUACAAAAUAUUUUGGAUCAUACCUAAAGGUGAGGUGAAAACACUUAUUAUGGAAGCUGUAUAGACAGUUUCACAAUAAAGACAACCUAACAAGCAAAGGCAAAAGAGCGUAUUUGAAUCUUAGUCAAAAUAUUUUGCUCUCUCAGGGGACCAAGCUGUGGAUUAUCAUGGAGUAUUUAGGUGGAGGAUCUGCUCUGGAUUUGGUAAGCAGAUUUAUAUUUUUAUACAGCUUACAAAGUUUCAUGUGAGCGUUGCAAGGUUGCACCAUUAAUACUUGAUAAACCUAACUUGACUUGUUCGAGACACUCUUUCUGUACCAACCUCCACAUUUUUCUAAGAUGUUUGCUCUUCCUCCCAGCUCCGUCCAGGGCCUCUUGAAGAAACUUACAUUGCUACUAUUCUGAGGGAGAUACUGAAGGGGCUGGAGUAUUUGCACUCCGAGAGGAAGAUUCACAGAGAUAUUAAAGGUAAUAAGCUCUCUCAUCUUGCCUUAAAGAGAAAACGCAUUUCGCUGGUAGGGAGUCGCACCAUUUUCCAGUUUUUAGCCUGAUAGAAGAAGCCAGAUGUUGUUUUAAUGAGUAACAACUGGAGAGACAAUUAAUCUCUUUUAUAUGCUUUGAUUCAAGCUGCAUAUACAUACAGACUCAGUGUUAAACAUUGAUGGGUGAGAUGUUUAUCAAGUCUUAACCAGAUGCUUGGCUGAAAAGUACAUGCAAUAUGUUAUAACACUAAAAACAUUAAUUAACACUGUGUGUAUGCAUUACAUCUCACAAGUGAAGGUGUGAAAUUUGUUUCGGUUAUGAUGUGUCUGUGUGUGUGAAGGGGUGGGGUGAGGUGCAUCAUCAGAGAAAGAAAGGACUCACACUGGGGCAAGUUAACAAAAACAGAGAGACAUGUAUGAAGAUAAGAUGAAGACAGUUUGUUUCCAAAAAGCUCUUGAUGCCUGGAGCUGUUUGUGCUCCCCAAAAUGAAAGAUCAGAAGAGGAUUUGAGAUGUCCUCUGUCUGCUUGUCCAUCCUUUUUUAUAUUAUCAUUUUUGGACAGCAGGAGAGAGACAGAGUGAGGGGAGUAGAGAGUAGGGGAUGACAUGCAGCAAGGACAAUUUCCCCUGUACAUAGAAUGCACACUUUUAUUACUCAGCCAAACCAGGGCUUUCACUCACACAUCUUUGUAAAUGUGCAACAUCUCCAAUUCAUAUUGUUCUAUAACUUUAUUUAAAAGAUAACACUUGGUUACUGUUCAUAAUGUGCAUCACCAUUUUAUGACUGAUCAGCCUUUUUUCAUGCACACACUUUCUUGUAAAUUCCUGGAAAAUUCUGAGGACAGCCUGCUCCUGAAUUUUGCCAGUUGAGGGUCAACUGUGGAAGUCACAAUGAAAUACAAGAUAUCCAAGAUGGCAGAAGGGAGCAGAGUCUGACACUGCAGUGACAGUUUGCUCAUAUAUCAGUGCGACAUGCAAACUAUCAUUGUCACAGUAUUGAGGGAUAAGUGGAGCAUAUUGGCAAGCAUUAAAGGGUAUAACAUUUUUAUCACCCAUCCUUCUAAUACUAUAAACAUCCUAAUGGAAACCUUCAGGACUUUUGCCUGUUUAAUCAUCGGCUUACUGCGACUUGUUACAGAAAUUUCACCCGGAGUCUGGUGGGAGAAAUUCUGGGUAAAGACUCUAGCUGUUCACACUCCCACGUGCAGCUCACCUGAGACAUUUCUGGAGAUUUUUUUGGAGUUUGGUGCAUAUUUAAAAAAGAUAUCAACUGAAAUGAGACUAUUCAUUCUGUCAUUGUUACAGCACUACCUGCGUUAUUUAUUCUUGGAUAUUGACUUUCUCUUCUCUGUCCCAGCCGCCAAUGUGCUCUUGUCAGAGCAGGGCGAUGUGAAGCUGGCAGAUUUUGGGGUGGCAGGUCAGCUCACAGAUACUCAGAUUAAGAGGAACACGUUUGUCGGCACACCUUUCUGGAUGGCUCCAGAGGUUAUCAAACAGUCCGCCUAUGACUUUAAGGUGAGCCUGAGAAAAAAACGGGAGCUUCAAUGAACACUGUCUCAAGGUUUUUGGGCUGUUUAUACUUCUCUGUGGUUGACUAUUCUGCACAUAUGAAGAUAAAAAUAGUUUUAAGUAGUCUGUCUGAGUGGAGAAAAAGAUGCAGAAUUCGAUUUUCUAUAGGUAAAAAGGACUCACGCUCGUAAAUGAAACUGCAUUUUAAUUCUUUGCAGAGUUUCCACUGUCUGUGUAUGAUAUCAACACUCCUCACGUGUGCGUUUCUCUCCUUCAGGCUGAUAUUUGGUCCUUGGGAAUCACCGCCAUUGAACUGGCUAAAGGAGAACCUCCAAACUCUGACCUCCAUCCAAUGAGGGUCCUUUUCCUCAUCCCAAAAAACACUCCACCCACACUCGAGGGACCUUACAGCAAACCCUUCAAAGAGUUUGUGGAGGCUUGUCUAAAUAAAGACCCUCGUUUUGUGAGUAGUUUUAUUCAUGUGCAGACAUUGUAGUGGAGCUAAAAAGGGCUCAGACACUCUGUUUGUUGCGUGUGAUUAGGGUCAAAAAUGAGAGAUAAUUCCAAAUUGGCACUGUUGUUCUGAGUGUAAGACUUGGGUCAUUGUGAGUAGAUUACAGCGCUUUGUCCUCAGUUGGAAUUUUAAACCCACUCCUGAUCACAUUCUGGUGAAAUCUUAAAAAUGUUGUUAAAUCUGAACUUAUACAAGCAAUGCUAGUUUUUCUUGACGCUGAUGAUAAUAAUCUUUCUGCUGCUUCUGUUAUUCUGAUGUUUCUGCACAGAGGCCGACAGCCAAAGAGCUCCUGAAACAUAAGUUCAUUACACGUUAUACAAAGAAGACGGCUUAUCUGACAGAGCUGAUUGACCGCUACCGCCGCUGGAAGUCUGAGGGGCACGGGGAGGAAUCUAGCUCUGACGACUCAGACAUGUGAGUUUGAAGAACACACAUUCAUACCCUCCAGUUGUGUUGAGUCCCAGGACAUAGUCAGGACUUGAUGUUGUGUCUUGAGUUGAGUCACAUGAAUUUAAUCAUUAUUGUACAAACAUACAUUGAUUUUUAUCGCCAUCAACGCGUUUUAUUUUCAUGAAGAAUUUUGGUUGGUUGCUUGCAAGGAUAGCUGAGGUCUGAAGUUCAGCUUCAUUUUACCAAAGCAAAAUAAAAAGAGGAAGUUUGUUGCAAAAUAGUUUCUUGUGUGAGAGGGAUGGUCACAUCCUUCAGCCAAACACAUCAGCGUUGUCCAUCUUAUCAAACCAGAACUGAUGAUCAAAAACUGUAUUUGACUUGACUGCUGCUGCAGGACAGUCAUCCUCUUCCUACAAAAGCAGCCAUGAAAAAAACUGAAGUGUUGUCCUGUGAGGAACUUUAAGUCUGAGUUAAUAUUGACAUUACAUCUGCAUCAGAAUUCUAAUUCACAUAACUGCCUGUUCACUGUACAUCAUCUUUUACUCGACAGAGAUCUUUUUCAUGCUGUCCAUCAGUGAAUUGUCAGUCACUGUUCACUGAAUCAGAGCUUUUUCUGCUGCAUGUUGUUGAUUACUCUGUUUGACUCCUAACCUGCAGCAGAAAUCGUUGGUUUUUGUAGCUCUUAAUGAGAUAUCAGGAUUGAUGUCUGUUUUAUUACAGGACAAGGACAUUUCACAGGAGCAAACUUUAAGAGACGCUUUAAGAAUCUUUUUGUCUAGACCCUGUUUGUGUAUUUGAAGCACUUCCAGACAAAUUUGAUGUUUGUCAUCCUUCAAGACUAAGCACACGCUCUCAAAGUAAAUAGGUACGGUAAAUGCUGACACCUAAAGCCUUGUUUUAGUGCCCACAUCUGAGAAGAAAUACGAGAAUUUUACUCAUCAAAACAGAGCACAAACUGCUUGGACAAUCCAAAUGUUGUUUUACAGCAAGCAUUAUUAUUUGUCUAGUGUUUGUGUGGAAAAAAAACGUAAAAAUCUCAAGACAAGAUAAAGCUUAGUGAUCCGUUCAGCCCUCCAGUAAUUCAAAGCAUGUGAAGUUGGGCCUCAUAAGAACUUGCUCAGUUUUGAAGCCAUCCAUCCUCAAGUUGCAGCUUUUGGCUUUUAUUUUGCCAUUUUCUCCGCUCUGUAAGUCAAAGUUUUAUCAACAUGUACACCUUUUAUAUCCAUGAAUUUAAAAGCUUUUAUUGUGAUGGAACAUUGACAGUUGUAUUAAAGGGUCGUCUUUGCUGAUCCAAAAGUCACUCUCAUUAUCUCUCCUCCCUGCCUUCCUCUCUUUCUGUUCUUGCUCCAGGGAUGCUGAUGGUGAUGUGGACACAAGUCCAAUGUGGACCUUCCCCACAGUCAGACCCACCUCUCUAAACAAGCUACAGAAGGGUUAUACAUACACAGAUUCAGAAGUAAGACAUUAUGCAAGAGCACCAAACACCAAUCAAACAUUUUAUUUGAUUGUUGAUUGACUUUGUUUUUUUCCUUUCCUAAGACAGGAGAUUCGGUGAAAAGGCAACCCAAGUCACAAUGCCUUUCUGCGCUGGUAACACCGAUCUUCAGAGAGGUAUGCUUUACCAAACUAGAUAAUAGUUUAAAGGUUGUCUUUUUCAUUUUUUUCAGUGCAGUUAAACCUUGUUAAUGUGCUGCCAUAAACAAAACACACAGUUUUAUUCUUUUUUCUUUUAAAAAUGUUUCACAAAUUUCAUCAACAUGUUGGUUUUCCUGAACUCUGUUAGAAUGGGACUAGUAGUGGGUCUUAAUCUGGAGUAGUUAAUCCAGUCUAAAAAAAGUAUCCUGGUUAUGUGUUGUCCAUAAACCCCCAUAAGCCCUCAUCCUGCUUUUGAGACAGCUGCAGUAUUAUGGUAUGUCAGAAACCUGCGUACAAAGACAUGUUAACAGCUUAACCCUGUAAUUCAAUAUUCAAAGUGUCGGAGUUAGUGAGAAAUCAACGCUGGACACUGAUAAGCAGACACAGACAUCAUCAGCCAGCAAAAGUCUGAAAACCUCAAUACCAUCAUCAUGUCUCACUCUUAUAUAAAAGUAAAGAAGCGUAUCUAAAGUGAGAAUCUAGUCAAACCUGGACCCAGUGAUUUAACUUCUGAGCUUUAGACGUGUUCGUGUAAAGAACUUACAUGUGAAACAAGCUCAGAGGAUGUUUGUGAAAGUAUCUGCACAUAUUAACCUUCACAGAUCUGGAGUUUGACAAACAAAACAAAAACAGGAUAGGCAACAGAACAUCCUAAACAAGGAAGGACAAGGGUGAAGUGAGGAAGAAACACAGAGAAGAAAAUAGAGUCGAGGCUUCCUCCUGGUGCUCUGGUGCAGAGAGAAGCUUGUUAUUACAGAAACUGUUUCACUCACGGUUGUUGUAGUUAUAAUUUCUGUAAGAAGAAAUCAGAGAACUCUAGAAAGACGUUUAAUGUUCUUUGUAUACUGAUUUGUGUUGAGGUUGUACAUAUCUUAAAUUAUAAACCAGAGAAAAGCAGGUUAGCGAGUUUAUUACAGAACAUCUUUUUUCUCAUCAACCAGUUGAAGGAGAAGCGACGGGCGAGUGGCGCGGGCGUUGGAGCCAUCGAGGAGCUGGAAAACGCCUUUAACCUGGCAGAGGAGUCCUGUCCAGGGAUCUCUGACCGCCUUGUCACACACAUGAUGGAAAGAGUGUGCAGGUGAGAUCAUGACCCAUCACAUCUUCUAACCCUGCAUGUCCAUUGCUCUGCAGAGACGAUUUUGUCUUUGUAUUGACCGAUUUAUUUUCCUGCUUCCAGGUUUUCUUUAAACGGUAACACCACCCAGUCUUCACGGUGA